GAAAGAAACACAAGUCUCCAAUGCGUAAUGUCAAAAGUGUGUCAACUGGAGCAAGGCUUGGGGUUUCCUGGCCAUCUAUUGGAGGAAAGGAAAGACGAAGUGGGAAAAGUUGAAAUUAAACAUUUGAUUAUUUCAAUCAAAUAAAAUAGCUAGUGCAAAUGUUAUUCAACCAUAAAAAAGUAUAUGUAUAAACAUACGUCUACUAUAGAUCCCAAUAGAUAACAUCAUUUACAGAACGCAGAAAUGGUGCAAAGUGCGCACAUCGCGAAUUAAUCUCCGUCGUUCUUCUCGCCAUGGACAACGACCCAGAAAGUACAGGAAGCUAAAUAAAACAACAAAACACUUAUCACAAUUAGAACAUUGUCACUUAGCAUACAUUCUGACUAGAGCAGGCAGCAAUUAUUGAGACUUUCUUAUUGAUAGCAACGACAAGAUGAUUCUUACCAGAAUCAGAAAGUCAUUACUUAGUAUACGCUCUGAACAAGGCAAACUGCAAUUGUUGAGAGGUCUUAUUACUAGUAGCAGUGAAGACAAGUUUGACGUGAUAGUCAUUGGUGGCGGUCAUGCUGGAACUGAAGCGUGUGCAGCUGCUGUUAGAAUGGGUGCAAAGACAUUACUGGUUACUCAGAAGAAAAGUACCAUAGGAGAGAUGUCAUGCAAUCCAUCCUUUGGUGGAAUCGGAAAAGGUCAUCUUAUGAGAGAGGUAGAUGCUUUGGAUGGAGUGUGCUGUCAAAUAUGCGACAUCUCAGGUAUACACUACAAGGUUCUGAACAAGAGCAAAGGACCAGCAGUAUGGGGUUUGAGGGCUCAGAUAGACAGGAAGUUAUACAAGAAACACCUUCAAGCAAAGCUUUUUAACAUGCCUGGACUGCAUAUUCAUGAAUCUUCCGUAGAAGAUCUGAUUUUGGCGAAUGAUUCUUUGUCGUGUCAUGGAGUGAUUCUCAAAGAUGGCACGAAAAUAUUCGGCAAUGCGGUGGUUAUAACUACGGGAACUUUCUUAAAGGGUCAAAUAAAUAUCGGAUUGGAGAAAAGGCCAGCAGGUAGGAUGGACGACGAACCAAGUAUUGGCUUGGCAGAUACACUCUACAGACUCGGAUUUCAAAUAGGAAGAUUAAAAACUGGCACGCCACCGAGGUUAGAGAAGGAAAGCAUCGAUUUCACGAAAUGUGUAGAAUAUUUACCAGAUACAUCUCCUAUACCGUUCUCAUUUAUGAGUGAUAAAGUAUGGUUAUUGCCGAAUGAACAAGUAUCAACGUAUCUAACAUAUACAAACGCGAACGUCGCGAAAAUCAUAAGAGACAACAUGCACUGUAAUUUGCAUGUAACGGAGGAAGUAACAGGUCCACGUUAUUGUCCGAGUAUAGAGAGCAAAGUUUUGCGUUUCGCAACAACGAUACAUCAGAUCUGGCUGGAGCCGGAAGGUCUAGACUCACCAUUAAUUUAUCCCAGCGGAUUAUCUUGCACCCUGCCGGAAGAAAAACAAGUGGAGCUUGUGAAAUGUAUCUCAGGGCUAGAAAACGCUCGUAUAGUAAAACCUGGUUACGGUGUCGAAUACGACUACGUAGAUCCUAGAGAAUUAACAUCCGAAUUGGAGACCAGGAAGAUUUCAGGACUAUUCCUUGCUGGACAAAUAAACGGCACUACUGGCUAUGAGGAGGCAGCCGCGCAAGGUAUCAUAGCGGGUGUCAACGCGGCCGCUAAGAUAUUGAAGAAGCCGCCACUUGUGAUAAGCCGAACUGAGGGUUACAUUGGCGUUCUCAUCGACGAUCUAACGACGCAGGGUACCACCGAACCAUACAGAAUGUUCACCAGCAGAGCGGAAUUUCGUAUAAGCUUGCGUCCGGACAACGCCGAUUAUAGACUGACUGAGAAGGGUUACAAAGUUGGUUGCGUUUCGCAAAAGAGGAUGGACAAGACAUGGGACAUUCAACGUAAGAUGCAGCAAGUCGUACAACUACUUAAGAGUGAAAGAAAGUCAAACACAAAGUGGCGGCAUAUGUUGAGGUUAAAGCCCAGCAAGUCUACUAGCAACAAAUCGGCUUUUGAUAUUCUUGGUAAUCCGAAUCAUAAUAUUACAUUUGCACUGAUGGUGAAAAGAUUGCCAGAAUUACUGAGCCACCUUGAUCAAGAUCCUGUUCUGGCGAUGAGAGUAGAGAUAGAGGCAAGAUAUGCAUUUGCUGUUGCGAACCAGCAAAAUCAAGUGGAUGAUAUCAGAAGGAAUGAGCAGAUGAUUAUACCCGAAGAUAUUGACUAUAAUAGUGUCGAAUUGAAUUUAUCAAAUGAAGAUAAAGAGAAACUCACAAAAUAUCUCCCACGCACGAUUGCGGCAGCUAAUAAAAUCUCAGGUGUAACACCUAUGGCUGUGUUAAAACUGUUUUAUCACAUCAGACAUCGCUCCAACGAGUAUACCACCAAAGCAUAACACCAUAUUAUAAUAUAUAAUGAUAUGUAUUAUAUAAUGAUUAGUGUUUACUGUUAUUUUGAUAAAACAAUAUAGUAAAAUAUUUAAAAAAUUAAUAGUUCUUUAUUUUAAUUAAUUAAAUUAAUUAAUUUAAUAUUUAUUUUUUGAGAACGCAAGUUUUAUAUGCAAUGCACAUUUCUACUCAUUCUUAUAAUGAUUUUGGUUCAAAUUCUAUAUUUUGAUUUAUGUUUUUCUCUCUCGUCUUAACUAAAUUUAUUACAUUUUGAAUAGUUUUCUUCUUUUGUAACCUAAAUAAUGAUUUUUAGUGUUUUGUUCAAUUGCGUUAAAGCUGAAAUGCUUUUUCUUUGUCAAAUGCUGGAGAAAUUUAGCUCUUGGAUCAGAAAAUACUAAUCAUGCAAAGAUAUAUUUUAAGUUGAUGACAGUGUCAAGUAAUUUAUUUACUGUAUAUUAUCUUGUUUAUAUUUAUUAUUUUUAAUUUUAUUGUUAAUAAAUUUAAUUUCGUUAUA